AUGGCAGCGCACCCACUAAAGACGUACUUGGACCGCUCGAUCAACGUGCUCAGGCGCAACACCGGCAAGGUCCUGUCGAUGGACGUGAACCCGCAGCCCCCGCCGCUGCCGCUGUUCACCUUCGCCGCGUCCUCCGCGAGCCGCAGCGCGCCGAUCACCGCGCCGUCAUACUUUGCUCUGGGGUCGGACGCGGACAUUGGCGGCCUGUCGACGGCCGAGCUGACCCCCGUGCCCGACGCCUCGGAGCCAACGCACACGGCGUUCCACGGGCAGCUGAGCACCGCCGUGCCGCCCGAGUUUGCCGGUCGUAUCCGUACAGGCUACGCUGCGUUCCGGAACCGCUCCCGCCCCACCCUGUUCGGCGAGGAGACGUGGAACCUCGAGCUGUUUAGCCACCUCAAGAUCGAGGUCGCGUACCGCGGCUGGGAGGGGUGGCGGGACAAGUGGGUCGUCAACCUGCAGACCGACGGCCCGGUGAAGUCGGAUCUCUUCCAGCACCGCCUCGACCUGCCGCCCUCGCCGCUCUCGACGGCCUCCCGCGCCCCCUUGGACCCGCUCCACGCGACAGGGCUCCAGUUCCACACGCUCUACGUCCCGCUGUCCAGCUUCGUGCUCACGAACAGCGGGCAGACGGCCGCGACGCAGAUCGGCAUGAUGCGCCAGCGUGUGCGUACGGUCGGCUUCGCGCUGCUUGGCGGCGGGCGCACCGACACGACGCCGCCGAGCGCGCAGGCCGCUGCCGAGGCCGAGGCCGGGCGCCGCGCGGCUGCUGGCGGCUGGGGGGUGCCGUCUGCCUCUGAGGCUGUCGACCCCGAGCUUGAGGCGCUCCUUGCGUCUGAUAGGCCAGCGGGUGCGCCGCGCAAGUUCUUCCCCCGCUCCGCGGCGAGCGGAUACCACCGCGUCGGCGCCGCUGCGGCUGCGGAGGCGGUGGCCGAGGAGGAGGAGGCCGAGGCGCUCGAGCACCUCGGCCCUCAGACGGGAUACUACGAGCUCUCGCUCCGCUCGGUCGAGGCGGUGCGGUACGACCCCGAGGCGGACGAGUAG